UCAGACUUUUGUUACUUAUUCACGCGAAGACAAUAACUUAGUGCAUAUGAGGAAAACUGGCAUUUCAGACUCGAAUUACAUUGUGUCGCCGAUUCCUGGUUUUGCUAACGACAUCAUGUUUCAAACACUCUCUCCAAGAGUGAUUCAAUUGUCUUGGAGUACAAACUCGAAUUACUACACGGGAUUCAGACUGUUCUUGAACCAGGAGCGUAUCGGAACCACUGUUGAAAAAGAGCAUGUGCUGAAUGAACUAACUGUUGGGAAGUUGUACUACUUUGAAGUUCAGAUUGAAAGUUAUGGAAGAUUGGGCGAAAAAAUUCUUGUCAUAUUCGAAGGCUCGGACCAAGAUCGCAACGCUUUUGCUUACUGGCCGACGUCUUCCUCGAUUGAGCUGGCUUGGGAUUCCUUCAAUGAGGUCUUAAAACGCAACAGACAUAGACGAUCGGAGAAUACGACAGUUUUUCGGAACAUCCAAGCCCAGAGAAAGUUUCCGGAUACAGAUAGUGAAGACUUUUUUGUUAAUUACACAAUUCAGGAAGAAUCAUUCACGUCAUUAAAUGGUUUGGAAGCAGGGUCAUGUUACAAUGUAACAAUAUUUGGACUUGACGAUCAGAAACGCCCGAUCAACAAUAAAGUUGUCAGCACCACCGCAAUAACUGUGCCGAACCCUGUAAACUUCAGCGUCGAGGCCGACCCGGAUUCUGGACUGACGGUGUCUUUUGAACUGACUCAAAACACGACGGCCGAAUUUUUCAAGAUUUUCGCCUAUGAAGUUAUCCCUGAGCUAACCAUAGACGAAGUUGACGGAGUUGAAGGCUAUGGUAUCAUCACUGCAUUAAACGACACAUUUCGGCAGCUGAUCAACCUCACCUGUAGAUCAGACAGCUCAGCUUGUGUGAAUCCUUCUACUUUUCAAUUCAUAGGAAAGGCUUUUAAUGAGCAAGGAUUGAAACCUGGUGCCACAUACCUUGUGAAAAUUUCAGGGAAUACCGGAUAUGUUGAGGGUAACGAAACUGAAGUUACCCUUUGCACAAAGCCUAACCCGGUGCAAGCACUGCAUUGUUACGAUAACGACGAGAAGGAGAUUAAAUUGUCUUGGACUCAGCCGGCUUUUGGAUCGAUCCGUGGAUUCGUAGUAUCAUAUUGGGACAAUGCAACCAUUAAUGUGACGAAGAAAAACCGUGGAUGGAUGAGUUACGUUGCCAGUGGUUUGACACCAGGUGUCAACUACACCUUUUUAGUCUACGCAGUCUGUGACGAAGAGGGGCUGGUCAGAUCAGAUGCCGUUGUCCUCGUGCAAGGAACAACUCCCACCAAACCAGAUAAAAUCACCGGGGCAGAUAAAGUCACCAAUUCGGAUGGACGAUGGUUCAACUUAACUGUGAGAGAGCCGAAUGAGGGAAGUUGGAAGCGUUUCUUUGUCUCCGAAAUUGGAGAGUUCUCGCAACAGCGAGACUUUACUCCCAUCUCAGAAUUAGACAACUUCCAAUCUCUGCCAAUUUAUUUUGACGUCAAGUCGAAUCACAUCGAUCUUAGAUUUCCCAAAUUUGGAACUGUCUAUCAAGUUGUGGUGAAAACCUCGAGUGAUUUCAAUUUGAGCAGCCGUUCGAGUGAAACCACGUACCUGAUCACGGAUAUGAAACCGAUAGAGUCGAAACCUGAUGUGAUUUUGAACUUCGACGAUAAGAUCUGUCUUCUGUGGAAAUCACAGCGCAAUAUUUCUUAUUUUAACAAACUCGAAAUAGAGAUUUGUCAGAAUAAUCGCCCUGUUUUCGAGGUCGAAGACACCGUUGAAGAUCAGCAAGAAAUUGGCCUCAUUUGUUUGGAAACGUCGGAACUGUCAUCUCGGUCGGAAGUGGUUCUCCAACUGACAACUAUCACUGAAGAAAAAGCAAGAAGCAAAUUUUAUGAGAAAUCCGAAAAGAUCAACUUUACCUACGACCUUAAUGAAGUUCCAGAAGUGUACGUUGACUUGAGCGUGGACAGAAAAGAUGAGUGCAGUCAGAGACAGUGUGUGCUAUUGCUCAAAUCGAGGUCACAGUCAAUCAUUCGAAUCAGAGACCAAAUCCAAAUCCUAUACGAGGCAGCAACUGUGAGCGCGCCAAACUCAGUCGCAUACAGGGGAGAGAAAUCUGGAAAACUCUGCAACAUAAGAUUUGAGCAGCUUUCAUGCACGGUUACAGUUGAAGGACUAGAAAGCGGCGAGGUUUACAAAGUCACAGGAUCAAUCUCCAUCUAUGGGAAAAAACUACCGGCGUCGGCCAGAACUCAAAUUGAAACGAAGCCAGCUGACAAAAUUCCACUGCUUGUGUAUAUUUUGCCUCCCAUUGGGCUCCUCGUUCUUGUAGUCUCGGCUCUUGCUUCAAUCAUCAUUUACAAGAAGAUGAAAACAAGGAAAAACGAGUAUGAUGACAACCCAUAUGCCAAUACCACCGAAUUGAUGCCGUCAAGGGAAACCAGUGCCAUGCAGUACAUCAACAGAAAUAAAACAAGUCAAAAUACCCGCCCAAUGAACGUGGAGCUCAGAAUGCGGGCGAAACUUAUCAGAAAAUCUCAACUCGCUCAGGAGAACAUCAGAAGAAAUCAACUGAGUCGCCCACAAACAGCGAUAUCCCGAGAUGGCACUUACCAAGACUCGGGAGUAGGUACUUAUAGCACUGGUUAUAUAAACUCUGAGCCAGGCGAGUAUCUCAAUUCGAACUCCGGUCCAUCUCAGCAAACUUUUGUGACAAGCGAAUACGUGAUCACUGAUUUGGAUAACAUUUCUGACAAAAUGCCGGCCGAAUAUGCUAACCCAAAUUUGAACGAUUCCCAGUCUAGUAUAAAUCCAGUCGAAUACCGUAACUCUAAUUUGGAUGGAGACCAGGAUGGAAGGCCAGCCGAAUAUGCCAACCCAAAUUUGGAUCAAGAUCGGCUGGAGGCGAGGACAGAAGACAUUGAGACAAACUUCGCGAUAUCGACUCGAAAGCCGAGUCAAUUACCGAACGUUGACGAGUAACAAUGAGCUGAGAACCAAUAAGAACCUGAAAACUUCUAUAAUUAAA